AGUCGGCCUCCGCCGCCCAACGCUCCGUUUGUCUGAGCGAUCCUCAGGUUGUCCUCAUUAAGAGCUGUCUAAUUAAAUUACUGUCUCCAGCUAACCAAUGAGAACGCUUGUUUGAUUAACGAUGCAGAGAGAAAAGCCUCCUCCAGGCAGGUUGGUGUCAAUUGGCUAAUUUGCUUUCCACCAAAUACCUCCACCCGUCCAGUGUCGGGCCGGCAGGUUCCCGUGCGUAAAGCUCGUGAUACCGCCGCUCUACUAACGCUACCACGGAGCCGGUGAGCCAUGCAGGUUGAGGAUCGUACCUCGCCACCGCUCUCUGAGAGGUGUGUGGGUGAAUGUGAAUGUGUGAAUGUGGGCAGCGGCUUCGGCGGCUCCUCUGAGCGUGCGCUACAGGACCAUCCUAUUACCGGCCCGAGUGACAGCCCAGAAACACGCGCACCUCUGAAGAACACCUCCUCCAGGGAGAUGAGGAACCAGUCAGAGGCGGACGGGCUCCCGGACUCAGAGGACGCUUCAGGGGACGUCCAGAGGGGCAAAGCCGCUCCUGAUCUGCACGGACUCUCUGACACUCGUCAUAAUUUCGAUGGAUCUGCAGCAGGAAGGUGUACCUCCUCUCAGCCCGCUCCACCGCAGUCAGUCUCCGCCGCUCCGAGCACCAUGUUCCCCUACCCCGGCCAACACAGUGCCGCUCACCCCGCUUUCUCCAUCGGAAGCCCCGGCCGCUACAUGGCGCACCACCCGGUCAUCUCCAACGGAGCUUACAGCGGCCUGCUGAGCCCCGCGGCACCGCAGGGCUACCCGGCCGCCGGCUACCCGUACGGCCAGCAGUACGGACACACGUACCAGGGAUCCGCCUUCUACCAGUUCUCCCCGCAGGCCGGCCUGGUGCCGGGCAAGGCGCAGGUGUACCUCUGCAACCGGGCGCUGUGGCUCAAGUUCCACCGGCACCAGACCGAGAUGAUCAUCACCAAGCAAGGACGCCGGAUGUUCCCGUUCCUUAGCUUCAACGUGUCGGGCCUCGACCCCGCGGCGCACUACAACGUCUUCGUGGACGUCGUCCUCGCGGACCCCAACCACUGGCGCUUCCAGGGCGGGAAGUGGGUCCCGUGCGGCAAGGCGGACACAAACGUGACGGGGAACCGUGUGUACAUGCACCCCGACUCCCCGAACACCGGUGCACACUGGAUGCGCCAGGAGAUCUCCUUCGGAAAACUGAAGCUGACGAACAAUAAGGGAGCGUCCAACAACACGGGCCAGAUGGUGGUGCUUCAGUCGCUCCAUAAGUACCAGCCCAGGCUCCACGUGGUGGAGGUGAACGAGGACGGGACCGAGGACUCGAGCCAGCCGGGCCGCGUCCAGACCUUCACCUUCACCGAGACGCAGUUCAUCGCCGUCACCGCCUACCAGAACACCGAUAUCACGCAGCUGAAGAUCGACCACAACCCCUUCGCUAAGGGCUUCCGGGACAACUACGACACCGUCUACACGGGCUGCGACAUCGACCGUCUCACGCCCUCCCCGGGCGACUCUCCGCGUGCACAGAUCGUCCCGGGGGCGCGCUACGCCAUGGCCAGCUCCUUCCUGCAGGACCAGUUCGUCAGCACUUACGCCAAGUCCCGCUUCCACCCCGGCGGGGGGGGCGGCCCCGGCAGUGACCGCAGCGUCCCGCUCGGCGGCGGCCUGCUGUCCCCGCAGAGCGAGGAGCCCCCCGCCGCCGCCCCGCAGCGCUGGUUCGUCGCUCCCGCCAACAACCGCCUGGACUUUGCCGCCUCGGCGUACGACGCGGCGGACUUCGCGGGCAACGCGGCCACGCUGCUAUCGUACGCGGCGGCCGGAGUGAAGGCCCUCCCUCUCUCCCCCGCCGGCUGCUCCGGCAGAGCCCCCCUGCCGCUCGGGUACUACCCGGACCCCCCGGGCUGGGGCGCGCGCAGCCCGCCGCAGUACUGCAGCGGCAACAAGUCGGGCAGCGCGGUGCUGUCUUGCUGGAGGGCGGGGUCGCACUACCUGGCUGAGGAGGACCAGGCGGGCCCCGAGAGGUCCCCGGCGGGAGAGGACCUCAAGCCCAAAGACCUGUCGGAACCCACAUGGAUAGAGACUCCGUCUUCCAUCAAGUCCAUCGACUCGGGCGACUCGGGGAUUUUUGAACAGGCGAAGAGGAGACGGAUCUCUCCGUCGGAUCCCCCGGGUCUGGACCUCGUGGGCCCCGGGCCCCCGGGCCCCGACCCCCCGGGGCCCGACCUCGCGGCCCCGCUGAAGGCCGAGAUGCUGCCGCCGCGAGAAUGUGAAAAGAACUGUACGAAGGACAUUGGCUACUACAGUUUUUAUCCACAUAACUAAAAUAAUCUCCCCACCAUCUACCAUCGGUCUAUCUUUCUAUCUAUCGGUCUAUCGGUCUAUCUUUCUAUCUAUCUAUCGGUCUAUCGAUCUAUCUAUCUAUCUAUCUAUCUAUCUAUCUAUCUAUCUAUCUUCUUUCCAACUAUCACUCUAUCUAUCGUUUAGAGAGAUAUACAUGUAAAGAAGAGAUCCUAACUCGCAGACGGGCCAAAGGUUCAUUUUAUUUCCUCGUGGUGAUCCGCGUGGACGGGGAGACGAGGUUUUGCUGCUCAGCCACUGAGAGAACAUGAGAACAUUCUGGAUCUACUGUACGUGAGCCACGCGGAGGUGGGGCCACACGUGGUCCACAGAAGAGGACUUCUGAGGUGUGGAGAUCAUCUCUCUGUAGACACACGCGGACCACAGCAACCUGGGAGGAUCACUCUUUAGACGGAGGUCUUCUGACGUGGAGGUCUGACUCUUUAGACGGAGGUCUUCUGACGUGGAGGUCUGACUCUUUAGACGGAGGUCUUCUGACGUGGAGGUCUGACUCUUUAGAUGGAGAUCUUCUUACUCUUUAGACGGAUAUCUUCUGACUGACGUGGAGGUCUUAUGUUCAGUGUCCUGUAGCAAUUCCUGGCAUCGCUCUUUUUGCCGGUGAGAAUCCUAAAAAUGUAUUUCGUUAUCACAGUUCUAGAAUACCGUUUUUUAAGUUGUCGUAGGCUUAUCUUACAAAUUUUAAAUCUAAAUUCUUAAUAUAGAUGUGGUUUAAAAGAUAGGCUAAUUAAUAAUAGGUUAAGCGUAGCUUUUAUUUAAAUGUCUUUCUGGAAUCCUAUUUAUUUUUCAUAGCCUACGAUAAUGUUUGUGGAGGUUUUCUGUAUCUGAUGUAAUGUGAUGAAGUCCAAUAAAUAAAAAGGACAAGAGCCGCAGGGUCACCCUGGAACUCGUUGCAUAAAUUUGAAA